AUGGGUUCUGAAAAGGACGUCGACGUGCAACCCGUUGAAGACGUCGCGGCUGAGACUGCCCGCGAAGUCGCUAUGAACAAGGAGGCCAACAAUGUAAACAGCCGCGUCAUUGAGGGCGCGCGUGCCGCUGCUGAGAAGGAGCGCAACAUGACCCUCAUGCAGGGCCUGCGCCUGUACCCGAAGGCCGUUGCUUGGAGCGUCCUCAUCUCGACGUGCAUCGUUAUGGAAGGCUACGAUAUUACUCUGGUCAACAAUUUCUAUGCCUUUCCCCAGUUUAACAGAAAGUAUGGUGAGCUCACCGACACGGGCACAUACGAGGUUCCGGCCCGUUGGCAGGCUGGCCUGAGCAAUGGUGCCCAAGUUGGAGAAAUCAUUGGCCUCUUCAUUAACGGCUUCGUCUCUGAGCGUUUCGGCUACCGCUGGACCGUCAUCGGCUGUCUCGGCCUCGUCGCCGCCUUUACCACCAUCUUCUUCACCGCGCAAAACGUCCAGAUGCUUCUCGUGGCCGAGAUUCUCUGCGGCAUCCCAUGGGGUAUUUUUCAGACGCUGACCAUUACCUACGCUUCCGAGGUGUGUCCUGUCGCGCUGCGCGGCUAUCUGACCACCUAUGUCAACUUUUGCUGGGGCCUCGGCCAGGAGAUUGGCAUCGGCGUCAUCUUCUCCAUGCUGAAGCGUGAAGACGAGUGGGCGUACCGCAUCCCGUACGCCCUUCAGUGGAUGUGGCCACUACCCCUCAUGAUUGGCAUCUACUUUGCGCCCGAAUCUCCCUGGUGGCUUGUCCGUCGCGGCAAGAUGGAGGAGGCGAAGCACUCUUUGUUACGGUUGACGAGCAAGAAUGAAGAGACCCAGUUUGACCCCGACGAGACGAUUGCCAUGAUGGUGCACACGACGGCACUAGAGGAGAAGAUGACGGCUGGCGCAUCCUACUGGGACUGCUUCAAGGGAUCCGACCUGCGCCGCACCGAAAUUGUCUGCAUGGUCUGGGCGAUUCAGAAUCUCAGCGGCAACUCCUUCUCCAACUAUUCGACCUACUUUUUGAAGCAGGCGGGCUUGUCGGAGCAUGAUUCGUACUCGUUUGCUCUCGGCCAGUAUGCCAUCAAUAUGGUUGGCGUAUUUGGUGCAUGGGGUCUGAUGACGAUGGGGGUUGGCCGUCGUUCUCUGUACCUGUACGGUCUCUGCGGCCUGUGCAGCAUGCUCUGCGUCCUAGGAUUUCUUGGACUCGUACCCGAGGCCCAACGCAGAGAGGGCGCGUUGGCGACGGGCGCCAUCAUGGUCGUGUGGGCUCUCUUUUACCAGCUCACCGUCGGAACUGUGUGCUACUCGUUGGUGGGCGAGCUGUCUUCGCGCCGUCUCCAGAUCAAGACGGUCGUUCUCGGCAGAAACCUAUACAAUAUUGUGGGCAUCAUCAACAACGUCAUCACGCCGUAUAUGCUCAACCCGACAGCGUGGAACUGGAAAAACUAUGCCGGCUUCUUCUGGGGCGGCAUCUGCUUCCUGUGCAUCAUCUACGUCUACUUUCGCCUGCCGGAGCCGCGCGGCCGCACUUUUGCUGAACUUGACGUGCUGUUUGAAAAGGGCAUCAGCGCACGCAAUUUUGCAUCGACCGAGGUAGACGUGUUUCACGAGAAUGUUGAGCAGAACGUAAUGAAUGCGUAUGAGGAGGUGGAUCGUCCUAACAAAGGACAGUUCGUUUGA